GGAGCCCGAGCGGGGCAGCACCGCCCCUCACGCCGCCGCCGCCACCGCCUCCUCCUCCUCCUCUUCGCCCUCCCACUCCCACCCCCAGCCAAGGCCUGCUGACCGCGCCGAGCGCCGAGCUGGACUGACCACGGCUGCCCGGAGACGGGAGAGGAAGCAGCCGGCCCGCCCCUGGGUUCGCGCUGUCGCCGCCUCUGAGGGAAUUGAAUUGAGGCGCCGCGGCUGCGGGAGCUGAAAAGGAAGGAGGAGCCGCCGCGGGACUGAGACGGGGGGCAGAGCCGAAGAGACCGACACAGAGAAGGAAACGAGGAGGAGGAUGUCUUACCGGGCGGCCAGCGCCUGGAUCAGCCCGUGACUCUUACAGCGGCGGGCCUCAGACCCCAGCGCAGACUCGGACUUUGUCUUUGGGGGCCCGUGCUCUGCCCUCCCCGGUUUCCGACAGGACCCAGAGGAGCCGGCGUGCCUCUCUGCCCUCCAGCCUUCUUCACCAUGUCCAAGAUGCCGGCCAAGAAGAAGAGCUGCUUCCAGAUCACCAGUGUCACCACGGCCCAGGUGGCCACUAGCAUCACCGAGGACACCGAGAGCUUGGACGACCCGGACGAGUCACGCACAGAGGACGUCUCCUCCGAGAUUUUCGACGUCUCUCGGGCCACGGAUUAUGGCCCUGAGGAGGUCUGCGAGCGCAGCUCUUCUGAGGAGACGCUUAACAAUGUUGGGGAUGCGGAGACUCCCGGGACCGUCUCCCCAAACCUCCUCCUGGAUGGGCAGCUGGCAGCGGCGGCUGCUGCUCCCGCCAACGGAGGAGGAGUCGUUUCGGCCCGGAGCGUGUCUGGGGCGCUCGCCAGUACCCUGGCGGCGGCCGCCACUUCGGCCCCCGCCCCCGGAGCACCCGGCGGCCCCCAGCUCGCGGGCUCAUCCGCCGGGCCAGUGGCUGCAGCCCCAUCUCAGCCUCCCACCACAUGUAGUUCCCGUUUUCGCGUGAUCAAGCUGGACCAUGGGAGCGGAGAGCCCUAUCGACGCGGCCGAUGGACGUGUAUGGAAUACUAUGAGCGGGAUUCAGACAGCAGCGUCCUGACUAGAUCCGGGGAUUGCAUUAGACACAGCAGUACUUUUGACCAGACUGCGGAGCGGGACAGCGGCCUGGGCGCCACCGGAGGGUCGGUGGUGGUAGUAGUGGCCUCCAUGCAGGGAGCGCACGGGCCCGAGUCGGGAACUGACAGCUCCUUGACUGCUGUGUCACAGCUACCCCCGUCGGAGAAAAUGAGCCAGCCCACUCCGGCCCAGCCGCAGAGUUUUAGCGUUGGGCAGCCACAGCCGCCGCCGCCACCCGUAGGUGGGGCUGUGGCUCAAAGCUCGGCUCCGCUGCCGCCGUUCCCGGGAGCCGCUACCGGGCCGCAGCCAAUGAUGGCAGCCGCGCAGCCCAGCCAGCCCCAGGGAACGGGGCCCGGGGGACAGACUCUGCCGCCGACGAAUGUAACCCUGGUGCAGCCGGCUAUGUCUCUGCCUCCGCAGCCGGGCCCUGCAGUCGGCGCCUCCGCGGCGCAGCAGCCCCAGCAGUUCGCGUAUCCUCAGCCUCAGAUACCGCCCGGACAUUUGCUGCCCGUCCAGCCCUCCGGCCAGAGUGAGUACCUGCAGCAGCACGUGGCCGGCCUGCAGCCGCCAAGCCCCGCGCAGCCGUCGUCCACCGGCGCCGCAGCGAGCCCCGCCACGGCGGCCAGCCUUCCCGUGAGCACCGGCCAGAGUGCUUCCUCGGUGGGCGCGCAGCUCAUGGGCGCGUCUUCCCAGCCCAGCGACGCCAUGGCCCCCCGGACGGGACCAGCGCAAGGCGGGCAGGUUGCGCCUUGUCAGCCGACUGGAGUGCCCCCGGCUACUGUGGGAGGCGUGGUGCAGCCGUGCCUGGGUCCUGCCGGUGCUGGGCAGCCCCAGUCCGUGCCUCCGCCGCAGAUGGGUGGCAGUGGUCCGCUGUCAGCCGUACCUGGUGGCCCUCACGCCGUGGUGCCCGGAGUUCCAAACGUGCCUGCAGCCGUGCCCGCUCCAAGCGUGCCUAGUGUGUCUACCACUUCUGUUACUAUGCCAAAUGUACCCGCGCCUCUGGCCCAGUCGCAGCAGCUGAGCAGCCAUACGCCAGUCAGCAGGAGCAGCAGCAUAAUCCAGCACAUUGGGCUGCCCUUAGCGCCAGGCACACACAGUGCACCAACAAGUCUACCACCGUCUGACCUAAGCCAGUUUCAAACUCAGACCCAGCCUUUAGUCGGGCAAGUCGACGAUACUAGAAGAAAAUCAGAACCCCUACCUCAACCACCACUUUCUCUCAUUGCUGAAAAUAAGCCUGUUGUGAAGCCGCCUGUUGCAGAUUCCCUGGCAAACCCCCUUCAGUUAACACCUAUGAACAGUCUGGCCACCUCUGUAUUCAGCAUAGCUAUUCCUGUUGAUGGUGAUGAAGACAGUGCAUCUGGGGGAGGUGUUGUAGCCAUUGACAACAAAAUAGAACAAGCAAUGGAUCUGGUGAAAAGCCAUUUGAUGUAUGCAGUAAGAGAAGAAGUGGAAGUUUUAAAGGAACAAAUAAAAGAAUUAGUUGAAAGAAACUCUUUACUUGAACGAGAAAAUGCACUGUUAAAAUCUCUUUCAAGCAAUGAUCAGUUAUCCCAACUCCCAACCCAACAGGCCAAUCCUGGUAGCACUUCUCAACAGCAAGCAGUGAUAGCACAGCCUCCGCAGCCAACGCAACCUCCACAGCAGCCGAAUGUCUCCUCAGCAUAAAGCUUUCUUAAGCCUCAUUAAGAAAAAAACUGAAAGCAAUCUAUCCUUGUGUGCCACUGGUGUUCUUUCCACUUUAUACGAAAGCAAGUAGCCAUGCUUUGGUUGUGUGUUUGGCCUUUUCAGUAUUAGACAAUCAUUCUACAAGAGCUUUUCCUCUCUGAGAUGUCAUGCAGCGCUGUUGAUGUCCAGUUCUAUGUCAUCAGUACACAAGGAGAAUAAUAGCUGGGGUUUAUUAAAGCGAGCAAAGUCUGCAUUUUACCUGGUGCGCAUGAGUGGGGUCUUUAAGAGUUUUGGUGGCUCUCCCAUGUUUCCUAUUACCCGUGGAUUUACCCUGAGCCUUCCUAUCACAUUAUAAAUAACAGUUCAUCUAAAGAGCCACUUUUCUUUCUGAUUCAGUAACAUUUGCCUACAUAAGUUUUCAUUUAUUUGUGUUUUAUUUAUUACAGGGCUGCUAUUUUCAUAAUGUACAUGAACAAUGUCACAGAACUUUUUUAAUUUUUUUGAAUAAUUAUAAGUAUCAGUAAAGGAAGUGAAAGACAGGAUUGCAUUUAAUAGAUAAAACGUUUAGGCAAUAAUUGAACAAAAGAAUCCUGGCAUAUUUCUAACACUAAUGGCAAUUUACUUAUGGUAUUUAUUUUCAGUAGUAAAGACCCAGCUUGAAUGUAAAUUUUGUAUAGUGUAAGUAUGAAGAACAUAGUGCAACUGUACAGGUAGUCACCAGUUAUUGUGAUAUAAUAAAUAAUUGGGCUAUUUUGAUGAAGAAAACUUUGUUCAUUUGUUUCUACUUUCUAAGAGAAAUUGCCACGAUUCCUCUGCUUUUCAACAUUUCGUAUGACUUUUUUUUCGGGUGGGAAUAAAAAGCUGUGAAAUUGUUCAACCUACUUUGUAACCAAAGAAGCAAAGCUGUGUAAUGGAGUUUGUUUUCUUUUUUUUUUUUUUUUUUUGUCUUUUUUUUUUUUAUAAUGCACAUUCUUUAUGUAUUUUUAUUUAGUGUUUUCUCAGUCACAAUUUUCUUUACUGUCUAGCAUGAUCUGCAUGACCUAUAAUCUUUGAACCACUUUCGUACCUCAUGUUUUUAUCCAGCACUCUUAUUGUAAUAUGUACUAGUCUGUGAACAAUGUCAAAUAAAAGAGAACGAACAGGUAGUUUGGUGGAGCUGAGCUAGUGUACAAUACACUAGUUGUAAAAAAAAAAAAAAAAAAGUGAGCCAUCUUUUGUUCAUUUAAAAUGGUGUUUUGAAUUUCGUAUGCAGAAAACGUUUUGUUACAUUGCAGAUUUUAAUGUAUUUAAUAAAUGCAACAUGCAGAUUAAGUGCAGUGUAUACUGAGUAUUUAAAUUAAAAUGUACAUUUCAUAAAUACAGUUUCAAAAGAAAGCAUCAUUUUGUGUAUACUAACACAUUAAGUGUAUGUCAGAAAUUGAUGUAUAAAUAUAUAUUUUAACACAUUUUCUGAAAUUAAACUGCAGUUUUGUUGAAAUAUUUGGCUCUAUAUGUGUUCAAAAUUUGACUAGAUUUGUAUUUUCACAAUUCAAAAUACUCAAAGACCUGUUAAUAAUGACUUACUGAUAGUUCUUAAAUUUUCAAAGUAAAACAAUUUAAAGAAUGCAAGAAUAGUGAGCAAUAUUUGUACUCAAUAUUCAUAUUAUGUUAGUGAUACUUAAGUAGGAAAUCCUUGUCUACCAAAACUUUUACUUGAAUUCAGAAAGGUGCCUGUAGAAAUUAACAUGCACUGCAUCUGUAGCCAGCUAGCUAAUCAGAGUUAAUGAGAACCAGUAGUUAGUUCUCCGUGUUAAAACACGUGUUUAUUUGAAGUAAAAAUUUAAUCAGAUUAGCCACAAACAAGGCAUAAAAUUUGGAUGUACAUGAGAUUGCCAAAUAUUUUCUAUUCUAGUUGUGCUGCAAGACAUUGAACAAAAUGUUAAUGAAUAACAUUAUAAAUAAUUAAAGGAACUAAGUACAUAGGCUUGAGUAAGCAACCCUAAGGAUGUGUAGUAAGAUUCCAAGUAGAGCUGCUACAAGGUGAGAUACUUAAUGGAAUGUGAAACUUCACUGUUGGACUGUUAACCAAAAAGGUUUGCUGGCUGUGCCCCUCCAGUGCUAACUGUGACAUGUGAUAUUUAAUAUAGGUGGAGAAAAACUAGUCUUAGAAAAAGAGUUGGGAUUUUUGUGAAAAUAGACUCCAUUUUGAUUCUGGGGCUGGAAAAACACUUUAUAAACAAAGUAAUAGUCUCCAAGGAAAUGAAUAGUAUGUUCAGGUUUAAAAUGGUAACAGCAGUUAUUACUACUUUUAUAUUAAGAAAAACAGUAGAAAAGGAGAGAAAACAUGGGUAGUUCACAGAAGAGAUAAAUGGCAGUUUCUAAAGGUUCAACCUCUAGUAACCUAAGAAAUGCAAAUUAAUAUUUUUAGCGAAUUGUAAUAAGUGUCCUAAGUAGCAGGACUUAACGUAGAAAGACAGGCUUUCCUGUGUACUUUUAGAAAGUAAUUUGGCAAUAUGUAUCAAGAGCCUUAAAUAAUAAGCUUUCCAGUGUAACGACAGGAGAAGAUACUCAACUCGUGGUGCAUUGUUCAAAAAUGCAGAAUUAUUGUCGUGUCUGCCCUCUGCUUUCCCAUCAUCCCCUGCUUCCCUCAAAAUCCAAACUAACCCUAUUGUCAACCCUUCCCCCAGCUGAUUGUUUAGGAUUUUAAGUAACUUCAGCUUUGGAGAUUUAGUCUCCUGCUCCAAAUAGUUGUAAAUAUUAACUGAUUGAGAUCCCAAUUUGGAGGCACAGUCUUACAGGAAUGCUAUCUAUCUAAUUCUGUCAGUGUAAUGCCCAUAGAGCAAGGUCCCACAUAAGCUUUUCUGUUUUAAUUUAGCUGGUAAAUCAUAAGUAGAAGUUUUUCUGAUAUGGUAAUUGUCUAUAAUUCAAACCUAACUUUACCCAAAUAAAAUUUAGUUUGUUCCAGUGUGAUCUCACAGCUUGCCACACCAAAAACAAAUAGUAGGGGUUAGGAGGCAUUAAAUAUACAGUUUCCUUAACUCCUGAUUGUCCAAAAUAGCUGAAUUUUUCCAAUUCUAUUUAUAAUAUCCUAUGCUAAUUAGAAGUAUUGAGAUAACGUUUUAUAAUCAAGCCUCCAGUGAUUGGGGAUCACAACUGCCAUUAUUCACAAGAAUUUUCACAGGUGAAUGAUUAUAUUUCUCCAAGUUGCAAACUCCAGUAAUUCAUGGACCUUUAAAAAAAAAAAAAAAAAUCUUAAUAGAACCAGAAUAUUUCCGUUCUUGAAAAUUUAUCUUUGCAGAACCAGAAAUAGCUAAUUGUCUGAAAACAAUUUUUAAGAUUUGAAGUCACAUUUUUAAAAGCAGCUUUAUGGCUCAGUGGCAAGCACUUUGUGACAUGGCUCACUUUAAUAAUCCUAUGAAAAGGAUUAUUAAAUCACAAAAUAAUCCUAUGAAAAGGACAAAACCCAGCCCUCAAAACUGACAAUUUGAGGACAUAAUAAGCCAACUGAUAAUGCAGUGAGAAAUACUUGUUACUAUAUACAGUCAGGGAUGGUUUUGUCAGGGUAGGUUUCCUCAAAAACAUGACACCUGAGUCUUGAAGGUCAUAAGAGCCAGAGGGAUGGGUGUUCCAAGCACAAGAAGAGAGAACUCAAUGGCUUAAAAGUAUAAACAAGGCUCCUAGGGCAGCCACAGAAUUGCAUUGGAGACAGGCAGGCAAUGACUUCCCCACUGACCUAGUAGUUUGGCAUCUAUUCAGAAAGCAAGAAUGAUUUAUUGAAUGGUUUUAAGCAAUGGGAUACUGUGCUCAAAUUAUGCUGGAUGUGCACAAUUCCAGUGGCAGAUGGGAGGUAGGUUAGAGCGGCUGAAACUCGAAGCUGAGAAAUAAUUUAGGAGGGAUGACAAUCCGGAAAAUAAAUGAUGAAAGGCAAAAUUACAUUGGCAAUUUUGUGAAGGUCAUAAAGGAAGUUUGUCUUGGGUCUUUCUGUACCAUUUUCCUCUCCACAAUGAACAUCCCAUUCCCAGUAUCAGGUAUCAGGUGCCUAUUUUUCUUUUUUUCUUUUUUUUUUUUUUUGAGACAGAGUCUUGCUGUGCUCAGGCUGGAGUGCAGUGGCGAGAUCUCGGCUCACUGCAACCUCCGCCUCCCAGGUUCAAGCAAUUCUCCUGCCUCAGCCUCCUGAGUAGCUGGGAUUACAGGUGUGUGCCACCAUGCUGGGCUAAUUUUUGUAUUUUUAGUAGAGACAGGGUUUCACCAUGUUGGCCAGGUUGGUCUUGAACUCCUGAUCUCAAGUCAUCUCCCCCGCCCGCCCGGGCCUCCCAAAGUGUUGGGAUUACAGGUGUGAGCCACCGCACCCAGCUGCCUAUUUUCUUGUCCCUCCAAAAAAAGAUUAAAGAGUCCCAACUCAUACUUGAAAGUUUGACUCGGUCUUUUCCUUCCAACAGUUAUAAAUCUGUGAAAUGAAAGUCUUUGUUUCCUUAAAGAGAUUUCAAGAAUUUAACAAAAGGGUUGGGGAAUGGAACCUUUGCUGUCACUAUGCCUCUCUGUCAAUUCUACCCUAAAGGUAAACUAAAUGGAAUCCUUUUAUAGUGACUAGGAUUAGGAUGUUGAUUCCAAAGCCUUUCCCUAAACUCUAUUCCUUGCUCCCUGGAAAGGAUAAUACAGGUUCUGGCCCCCGCUGUAGGUACUGACAGCCCAAGGCAGAAUAGGUUUUGCUAGGCUUUGGCCUUUUAUUCUUUGACAUAGGUCAGUCCUGCAGGCUUCUUUUUUCUAAGUCUCCUGCCUAUCCAAAACCAGACCUUUUCUCCCACCUCCUGCUUCAAGCCUCUUAAUAAUCCAUAUUUCUAUUUUCUAGCAAUAGUAAUAGUUUAUUAUUUAGUGAUGUAUACUUGCACCCUAUUUACUCCUUUUCAACAUUUCAGGAUACAUCUUUGUCCUGUAUUUAUGUACCAGUUCACAGAAUUUCUACAGCAAGAUCCCUUUAAAUGUAUGGCUUUCCUUCAUAGCUUGCAAGGAUUACUUUAUCCAAGUGCUACUGUAACCAAAUCUUUUGUGGAGUACAAUUGGUAUGACACGCUGUGUUCACAGAUGAAAAUGCUAAGUGAGGCACUCUGAAGCAAGUUAAAGUUCACAGACAUUCUUGCUUGCCCACCCCCCCCCCAACCCCACCAUGGAAUCAUCAAAUAAGAAAAAUAAGACAGAUUUUCAGAUUGGUGAUGGCAAAGUAAGACGCUGGUAUUUUGCACUGGCGCAGUCCAUUUAGUUGUUGAAUUUGUUCAGCAUAUCUGGAUGGUGAGUGAGUUAGCUUUAUUUUUCAUUCUCAGCAGGGAAACUGAUAGACUAGGCAGUUUGGGGAAUUUUCCCAUUGUCUACUGUCAUGGGUCCAUAGUAUCUAAGUUUACAGACUACAACAUUGUCCACAGAAGCCAUAUUUAUCCCUUUGGAGGGAAGGGAAAGGUGUGCUAACUUAGAUCAUGAAAACAACUGAAUUUUAAAACAAGGCAAAUGCCACAGUUCAACUUUUCCAUAAAAAAGUUAAGUUCAUCUCUUCAUUCUUUUGCAUGCCUACAAUAUUUCCAUAUAACAACUGUAAAAUACUCUUGCCUGCUGCAAUCCAAAUGGUAUCCAGAUCACAGUUCUUGCUGUCAUUUCACAGGCAUGCAAUGUAUCUAUAGAUAGGUCAUAUCUGAGGAAGAUCAGAGACAGCAAGGGAACAUUUUCCCCACACUUGAGAUGGAAAUAAUAACAGGUCAGUGGCUAAUAAAAAGAAACAUGUAUGACUUUGUAAAACCCUAAAAGUGACGUUUUCAAGAAAUUUAGGUUUCAUUUUUUUUAUUUUAUAAAAAAAAAUGUUGACAUGCAAUUUAAUUCUAUUUCAAUUUAGGUGCUGCAACCUGUACUGGAUGUUUGGGGAUAGAAAGAUGAAUGGGACAUGAUUUGUGUGCUCCAAUGAGCUCAGUCCAGUGUAAGUGUAAAAGUUAAAGUGCCAUAUUGUUUAUUCAGUGUAUAUGUUAUAGUUUGUGAACCUUAUAACAUUUGUUAAAUGAAAGGUUUUUAUAAAUCAACAGUAAUAUUGCCAUCCCGUGUAAAAAUCCUUUGAUAUUGCCAGGAAACAACUUUAAAUCACCAGAAAGCUUUAACAUCAAAUAAUACUUUUAGAAGGAGGGGAAAAGCCUCCCACCUCGACAUUGAGCCUGUGAAGUAUUCCCUAAAAAAGAGGAACUAAUCUGAGAAAAGUUUACACAUUUUUAAUACUCUAAGUUGUAGAUAAUGAAAUUGAUUUAAAUCAAAGUUAACUAGAAUAGGAUUCAUGUGUCAUGAAUUAUAUUGUCUAUUGUCUCAUAAGCAACACACUUAUUAUCUUGGCUGACAAAAUCAGCUACCAUUUAAUGAACCAAGUUAAGAAUAACUCAGGUGACUGAUGCCAAAAAUAAAUCUCUAAUACAGCUGAGAAUCCAGAAACACAAAUAUAUGUUGAGUAAGUAAUAAAAGUGACAUUUCAAAUUAGUAAGGAAAAAAUGGAUUAUUCAACAAAUAGUAUGGGAUAGCAUAACAAUUUAGAAGAAAUAUAAAGUUAGAUUUUUCACAAAAAUUAAUUCUAGCUAGACUAGCAGUCUUCUACUUUUUUGGUUACUCCCUUUUAGAAAUUGGAAGCUAUAUACCCUGUCCCUUUGAAAAUGCACAUAAGCAAAGAACUUUACAAAUAGGUUAUAAAGAGAUGCUCGAUCUCAGCAAAAUAAGGGAAGUGCACAUUAAAACACAAGAAACCAUCUCAGAUCCAACUAAUAUUUAGCGUGCAUACAAAUCAAAAGCUGGAAAGGGUGUGGAAAAACAGGAAUACAUUACUAAUGAGCAUACAAAUUGGCACAGCCUCUUUUAAAGACAAUCGUGUAUCACCCAUUAAAUUUUAAAAGUCACAUACCCUGUGACCUAACAAUUCCAACUUUUAAUGUCCUAAAGAAACAUACAUGUGUUCACAAGAUAGCCUGUACAAUGAUGUCAAUUGCACCUUUGCUUGUACAGUAGACCCCCUUACCUGCAGUUUCACUUUUUGAGGUUUCAGUCGUCCAAGGUCAACCACAAUACAAAAAUAUUAAAUGGAAAAUUCCAGAAAUGAACAUAAGUUUUAAACUUCAAACUUUUCUGCAUAGUAUAAUAAAAAUCUCUCACUAUCCCUCUCCAUCCUGCCUGGGACAGGAAUCAUCCCUUUGUCCAGUGUAUCCACAAUGUGUACACUCUCUGCCCAUUAGUCAUUUCUAUUAUCAGAUCAUAAAAAAACAUAGUACAUAGAGGGUUUGGUAUUAUUCGUGGUUUCAGGCAUUCAGUGGGGGUCUUGGAAAAUAUCCUCCAUGAUGGGGGAGCUACUGUAAUACUAUGAAAUUGGAAAAACCAAAAUACUCAUCAAGAGGAUAGACUAUGGUACACAUGAUGAAAUAUUAAGUGUCAAUGAAAAAGAGAGAGUCCUACAUGUCUGGCAUGGAAGGAUCUCCAGGAGACAAUGUUAAAAGUUUGGGGGAAAAAAUUGAAAGACAAUACCUGUAAUACAUAUGAUACUAUUGAUGUUAAAUCACAUCACACACACACACACACACACACACACACACACAAAUACUGUAUAGUGUACUUCUACAAGUACAUAUUUGUGUAUUAUAUAGAGAGAAGGUCUGGAAGGAUACUAACCAAACUGUUAACAGUAGUUUGGUAGCGUGCAUUAGCUUUAACUGUAAUGUUUGAUGUUUUUGAAUAUGCAUUUAUGUAUUGUUUGUGUAAUGACAAAUUAAUAAAUUAGAAAUAAAAUAAAAUAA